AUGGCUCCUUCAAAACCAACCAACCCUUCUUCUAAAGAAAUUUUAGAGGAAGCUAUUCAAGUGUCUACCUUACAUCUAAAUAGUGCUAUGGCUGAAACUCAAGAACAAAUGGAUGUGAGGUUUGCCCAAGUUCAUGAGGAUAUAGCACAGCAAGUGGGACAAAUCAACUCAAGGUUGGAUGAUGACAAAAGUGUGGAAGAUUCAAGUAAGAGCAGCAGCCUGCUGUCACAGCCAACACUGCCCGAUCUGGUGGCAGUAUUUCAGAUAAAUCCUUUUGAAGCUCAAAUUGAAGAAUUGAAAGAUGAGAUUGAAGUUGAAGAACCAAAGGUGGAAUUGAAAGUGUUACCGUCUCACUUGAAGUAUGUGUUUCUUGAGAAGAAUGAAAACAAGGCGGUUAUCAUUAGCAACACCCUUUCUAAGGGUGAAGAAGAAAAAUUACUUGGGGUCUUAGAAAGAAAUCAAGAAGCAAUGGGAUGGACACUUUCCGAUCUCAAAGGAAUUAGUCCCUCCUUUUGUAUGCAUAAGAUUUCGAUGGAGGAUGACUUUAAACAGGUGGCUCAACCACAAAGACGAUUGAAUCCGGUAAUGAAAGAGGUAGUGAGAAAGGAAGUAGUAAAAAUGUUAGAAGCCGGGAUGAUUUAUCCAAUCUCGGAUAGUGCUUGGGUGAGUCCCGUCCAUGUGGUGCCCAAGAAGGGUGGAAUGACGGUGAUUCGAAAAGAAAAGAAUGAGCUAAUUCCUUCUCGAACCGUAACGGGAUGGAGGAUGUUCAAUCCCGAGGAUCAUGAGAAGACCGCGUUCACAUGCCCUUUCGGUAUUUUUGCUUAUCGGCGAAUGCCUUUCGAGUUAUGUAAUGCACCGGCAACAUUUCAACGGUGUAUGCAAGCUAUCUUUUCCGACUUGAUUGAGAAGUGCAUCGAAGUGUUUAUGGAUGACUUAUCGGUUUUCGGAGCUUCAUUUGAUCUAUGUUUGAAAAAUCUUGAUACCGUGCUAAGUCGUUGUGUGGAGUCAAAUUUGGUUCUAAAUUGGGAGAAGUGCAACUUUAUGGUUACCGAAGGAAUUGUGCUCGGCCACAAGGUUUCUUCAAGAGGCCUUGAGGUGGAUAAAGCAAAAAUUUAA